AUGGGAUCUUGCAGUAAGAUUAUUACUCAGUCAACAAUCUAUGGUACAAAGAGAAGAAGGUUAUUAUUGUUAGAAGAUUCCAGCGAUUGCAUGGUUGGAUUUCCAAGUGAUAUAAUGGAAUUGAUCUUAUACAAGUUAGAUAUGGUGAGCUUUCAUUGUUUUGGUUCAGUUUGCAAGUCAUGGAGAUCAAUUGCCAUUGCUGCCAAGAAAAGACAACCUUCCUAUCUCUAUCCACAGCUCCCUUCUCUAAUGCUUUCCUCCUCCUCCUCUUCAUCAAGGAGGGCUCAUCAACAACAUCAUCAUCAUAGGCUUUUUAGUCUCUCCCAUAAGAAAAUUUUGAAGGUAAAGUUGCUUGAAACUUGUCGUGCUCGAUGUUGUGGUUCUUCGUGGGGUUGGUUUAUAAUGGAAAGUAAGGAAGGAAAUGUUUUCAUUUUGAAUCCUUUAAAUGAGGGGAGGAUUCAAAUUCAACUUCCAAGCCGAGAGGCGGCGGACGGAGAAUUUAUUCGCAAGGCUAUAUUAUUAUCACCUCCUACUACAACCAGUGAUUGUGUGGUGGUAGUGAUUAAUAGCAAUGACUCAUUAUCCUUUUCUAGAUUGGGAGAUGAAGUAUGGACUGACAUAUAUGAAUGUUAUGGUUGGAUUGAUAGAAAUGAUUAUGAAGACAUUAUUUUCUAUGAUGGCAAAGUGUAUGCCAUUACUCACUAUCUCCAACUUGUACAUGUGGAGUUAAGUCCCUGUUCUCCAAAACACAAAAGUUGCGACAUUGAGUUUUCCGGUAGUGAAGGAUUUGAGGAAAAGACUGUUUAUUUGGUGGAAUGUAUGGGAGAGUUGUUGAUGGUGAUAAGACUUUGGGCUCGUAAUGGCUUAGAAGAUUACCCUAAGUUGAGAACUAAACUGUUUAAGAUAUUCCAGUUAGAUACAGAGGGUGAGUGUUGGACUUCGGUGGAAAACUUGGGUCAUCAAAUGUUAUUUGUGGGUUCAAGCAAUGCCAUCUAUCUCUCUGAGCUUGAUUAUCCCGGCUUCAAAGGAAACUGCAUAUAUUUCACAGAGAUUGUGUCAGAUGAAGAUUGCAGUGACAAAGGUGUGUUCCACUUGGAGGACAAGAGCUUCAAACCUUUUAUCUUUGAUAAUGCUUUUCCCCCUGGUUUUGUUUCCUCUUGUUCCACACCAAUUUUAUGGUGA